AAAAUCCAAGUCUAAAGCUGUCCAAUUCUGCAAAGAGUUUGUCAAUCGUGAGAUUGAGUUGUUUUGCCAUUGUCUGAUGCCAGAGUCAUGGGAUGAUAUGAUCGAGUGUGACUUGUGCGGGAAAUGGCUUCACAUCAAAUGCGAGAAUCUUGAGGCAUUUCCAGAUGAAGAUGAAUGGCUUUGUAAGGCAUAUCGACCUCCAAGCUCAAAGCGAUCAAAACAAUGA